AUGGAUUUUACUGAUAAAUUGAUCAUUAGCAGACCACUUUACAUUUCAGAUAAUGCUGAUCCUAAAUGUGGGUACUGCAAUGGGAAAAAAGAUAGCAGUCAUAAAUUUGCUUCACCUGGAUGGUCUGACUUCUAUAAGGGUGAUGAGGAUAAAGUAGAAUUGCAGAGUAGUACAGUUGGGUUCAAUUCGGAGUUGGUCAACGCUGAAACAUACGAUAAGCUUUGUAACCUAGGUUUUAGGAGAUCCGGGAGCUUUAUGUACAAGACUGAUAUGUUAAGGAACUGCUGUAGACUUUACACAAUCAGAACGAAUGAAAAGUACUUAACCAUGUCGAAGGAGCUCAAGACUAGUUUAAAACGGUUCAAAAAAAAGAUAACGUCACCAGAAUUUAAACCACAACCAAAAUAUGUCAGUUGGAUUGAUGAGCUUUGCGAUUAUGAGCCAAAAUCGACGAGUUUUAAAGCAGUAUUUGAGCCUGCCGAAUUUACAGACGAAAAAUACGAUCUCUAUGUCAGAUAUCAGCAUUAUAUACACUCUGAUGAAGACAAUACACCUAGUCAAUUUGAAUCGUUUCUAUGCGAUACACCGUUUACCGACUCCGAGAUUACGGGGACUGAAAAGGAAUGGGAACAAUUAAACAAUUGGCAUAACUUACAACCAGGGGAGAGGGUGACCAAAAAUGGACCUGCUCAUGAGUGUUACUAUCAUAAUGGGAAAUUGAUUGCAUUGUCUGUACUGGAUUUUUUGCCCAGUGGGGUAUCAUCAGUCUAUUUCAUUUGGGAUCCAGAUUAUUAUGAUUGGUCGUUAGGUAAGGUUAGUGCAUUAAGAGAAUUGGCUUUAGUGUCAAAAAUCGGAAGGCCGUACUAUUACCUAGGUUACUACAUAGACGACUGCCCAAAGAUGAACUACAAGGCCAAGUUUGGUGGUGAAAUUCUUGAUGUCUGUAAUCAAAAAUACGUGCCAUUAUCGAAGAUCCAUCAGAUUAUUAAACAUAACGAAUUGUUUGUCGGGCUGAACUCGACCGUUGCCUCCCCAGAUAGCGAGAUUCUCAUCACCAGUGCAUCUGACAAAAUAAACUUUGAUGAACCAUUCAUUAACGCUGUUGAUGAUAUAUAUGGCCCCAAUGGGAAUGCUUCUCAGAAUGCCAUCACUUCCGUCGCUAAGUUAAGAAAAUAUGGAAUUAAUUACUCUCCUGAUCUGCAACGUAGCAUUUAUAAGGAGAUUCCCAAUGAUGGCAAUUCCACUUCAUCAGCAUCCUCAGACAAAAAAGAUGUGUAUCGAAUUCCAAAUGUCGUUCCAGGUUUAGUCCCAUUAAUGGAGAUUGUUUCUCUUUUUGAAUCGGGCAAAAUGAACGAAUUGAACAACAAUGUUGUGUUAUUUGACACGAAAAUCAAUGCGCUUAGAAUUGUCAGGGAUUUUAUUUCAGAAAAGCCUGAAAUUAAAACUGUUAUCACCGAUGUGAUAAGACUCAUUGGAUUAGAUAAUACAAAAAAAGCCAUAAUAAUCAUAUAA